ACUGUCUGGCGGCGGCGACAUCACUACUUCCGUCUCCAGAGCUGUUACACGCAACCACGGUUCCGGCCGCAUCGACCCUUCUGCGCUUUCCCCAGACCUAUUCACUUCUCUGAUUCCCUGCAUUGCACUUCAUCGCGCAGCACUGUACGACCCGUCCUCUUCACGCCGCUCCCUCGCUGCGAUUCCGAUGCCUACUUGAGGUCGACUUGUGCGGCAUCUGCCCGAACCCGAACCAUAUCUUCCGAUUCGAUACAACCCACCUCUUACCACGUGUAUACUUUUAAUUCCUCUCCACCAUGGCAACCGAUGCUGAGCCCCUCACUGCGGGGCUAUUUGAAGAUGCCUCUGCGCACGACGACGUGCCCCAGACUUCCGACGAGCGAGCCAUGGACAAGGACGAAGCCGAUACCUGCCGGAUAUGUCGCGGGGAAGGCACAACCGAGGAGCCUCUGUUCUUUCCUUGCAAGUGCAGUGGUAGCAUCAAAUACGUCCACCAAGAAUGCCUGAUGGAAUGGCUGUCCCACACCCAGAAGAAGCACUGCGAGCUGUGCAAGACAUCCUUCCGCUUCACCAAACUAUACCAUCCCGGUAUGCCGAAUCGCAUACCCACGACCGUCUUCGUACGUCGCGCCGCUCUCCACGUUCUCAACAUGUUCGCAACCUGGUGCCGAGGGGUCCUGGUGGGCGCCGUAUGGCUGUUCCUACUGCCCUGGUGCAUGCGCGUGGUAUGGCGCAGCCUGUUCUGGGUCGGCGAUGGUGGCUGGUCACAAGAAAUGUUCACCAACAUACCUGAGACGUCUGUAGUGCCCGAGACGCGGAGGGUAUUGGCCCCCAGCGAUAUUGACUUGAUACGCUCCGCACUCGAUACCGCCAAGAGCAGCAACUCGACUGUGCAUGUGGCAAGUACCGUCGGGCCCAUGAAGAUAACGUAUACUCCAAACAAUUCCACGGCUAGCGAGUCCAUCCUCUGGACCUAUGCCAAACGUGUCUUCUUCGGGGUUCCAUACCCCUUUUCCCAGCUUACACAAGCCGACAGAAUAACUACACACGUUUCUGUUGUCCACAAGAACGGCACCGUUUCCAAUACCACCUCAGACCAUCUCGGCAUUCGCAGUCCGUCGCUACUCUCCGAUGUCCCCUUCUUCAACUGGUUCCAGUCUCAAAGCGCCAAUCGCUUUAUUGUUGACGUGAUAGAGGGGCAGAUCAUCACUCUACUGGUUGUUGUAGCGUUCAUCCUUGUCUUCCUGAUCCGUGAGUGGGUGGUCCAGCAACAACCCGUCAUCAACAUGGUUGCUCUUGGUGACAACGCUGCUGCGCAGAGAGCUGCCAUCAUAGAAGAAGAGGCUCUCGUUGACAACGUCGUUGUUGAUGAGGGUGAGCUGGACGAUGCUCUAGAUGCCCUGGAUGCCGAAGUGGCUGGGGAGGCCGCGGAUGUGGAAGAGGCUCAUGAACCUCAAAAUGCUGAGCAGAACGAGCCAAUCGCCCCUGAAGACUUCACUCGCGAGAAUGAUGAGCCCGAGGCUGCCGAACCUACGAUACGCCGCGUUCGCCGGUCUUCCUCGCUCCGCCGAGAACGCGACGAGCUUGUUCGCAAUAUAGUACGCGAAGGUCUUUCAGGCGACUUGACUUCAAUGAUGCAAUCGGAUGAUCUCCUGAAUGCCUACACCGAUGGUGUCCCAUCCCAAAGCUUCAAUGCGGCUAUCGAGCGGGCAAUAAUGGAAGAUGGUGAGGCCAGCAGCUCAAUCUUCCCUGCAAGAACCUCGUCGCUCCACCAACCUCCAGGCGUAGCACCAGACGCUGAAGGUUCCGAGUCAUCUUCAUCUUCACACAGACCCAACAUGCCAGCACGCGAUAGAUCCUUCAUCGCGACAGAGAUUCGUCGUGGCCUAGAGGAGGGUAAUACAUGGUCGUUCGAGAACGUACCACAAUCGUCAGCUUCGAACGGGUAUAGUGCUGAAAACGUACCCGAAUCGUGGGAAGACGACGACAAGGCACAGCGAAGAGCCGACCAAGAGCCCGAGGCUGCAUCGGACCACGAACCGGGUAGCGAGCACAGCAGUGGAAGCUGGCAGCAAGUCCCUGAGGCUGUAGAAGAUGACUCCGACCAAGCGCUGGAAGGAGAUCAUGUUUACGACAAGGGUAAAGCUAAGGCUGUCGACGCUAGUGCGGAAGAUAAUCUACAUGAGUCAACGUCUUCCGCACGAAGCAGUUCUACUAAUCUAGACAACUCAAUUACGGUCGAUACUACGAUUGAAGUUGACAACAGCAGUAGCCAGCCUGACCGAGACUCGACCAUCCGUGAAGAACAGGAACAUUCUGAAGUGGGUCAGCAAAACCCGGACGAGCAGCCUGCGGCUCCAGCCAACGCACAACCAGUAGCGCCUCAACUUCCACAAAAUCCAGUCAACCAAGUGCUGGACUGGAUGUUUGGAGACAUAGCGCCGAUGGCUCAACCUGCCGAAGAAGGAGGCAACGAUGAGCAUAUCGUGCGCGAUCUGGCAGACGAAGCGCCGUUUGUGCCCUUCCUAGGGAACGAGCCGCGGGAUCAUGGCAAUGCCGCGCCCCAAGACCCUGACGUUGCUGCCGCCGCCGCACAAGCUGGCAUAGAUGUCAACGACCAGGAAGCAAUUGAAGACGCCGAAGACCUUGAAGGUAUACUUGAGCUCAUUGGUAUGCAAGGACCUAUUGUCGGUCUUUUCCAGAAUGCCUUGUUCAGCGCUGUGCUGAUCACCUGCACACUGGCGUGCGCUGUCUGGGUUCCUUAUCUCUGGGGCAAAUUCGUCAUCAUAUUAGUGGGAAGUCCUCUUGAACUACUCAAAGUUCCUCUUCAGGUGGUCGCUGCAGUGACGGACUUCAUAGUCGACGUCACGCUCUUCGUCGUAGCUGGUACGACGUACUGGGGUUCCUACGCCAUCUCCAGUCUGGUCAAGCUGUGUUCUUUGGGGAAACUGUCCCAGGCCAUAGACGGUCCACUCCGUACAGUAUCUACGCCAGCAUACUCCCUUGCAGAGAGUGCUAUGGUUCGUAUUGGAAAAAUGUUCAUGGAUUCCCCGCUAUCGUCUCAGCCCAGCUACACCCAAUUCACGCUCAACGCACACGCUUCACUAAGAAGCCUGCAGAACACGACUUCAUUUGCGCUCAAUGAAACAAGCAGCUUUGCAAAUGCUAUCAUCGAGGAGAUUUCAGCAGACUCGCCGCCCAAGCUUGUGUUGAGAGUCCUUGGAAGCCUUCCCUCGCUGGUUCAAGAUAUCUCUACGACUACCUACGGCCAGUGCAGCUCUCUACUCUCAUGGCUUUGGACGGCCAAGUCGUACAAGAUCACCUUUAAUCUGGACUCGAACAGCAAUACCGCUGCAGCAUACACUGCAUUGGAGCGAUGGACGGCAAGCGACCGCUUGAUUGCAAUACUUGCUGGCUAUGGAUUCUUCGCCUUCCUUGGCGCGAUAUAUCUCAGGCGCGGCACCCCUUUCAGCUCAUCACAGCAAGGACAAAGGAUUGAACGGAUUCUCUCUGACAUUCUACAACAAGCCGGAGGUGUGCUCAAGGUUAUCCUUAUUAUUAGUAUUGAGAUGUUGGCAUUCCCGCUGUACUGCGGGCUACUUCUCGACUUGGCCAUGCUCCCACUAUUCCAGAACGCUACGCUGUACAACCGGUGGCAGUUCGCGAGAGAGAGUCCAUGGACAUCUGGAUUCGUACACUGGUUUAUCGGCACUUGCUACAUGUUCCACUUCGCGCUCUUUGUGUCCAUGUGCCGCAAGAUCAUGCGCAAGGGUGUACUGUACUUCAUCCGCGACCCAGAUGAUCCGACCUUCCAUCCUGUCCGGGACGUCCUAGAACGUAGCGUCACGACUCAACUUCGCAAGAUCGCCUUCAGCGCUCUUGUGUAUGGAGCACUCGUUAUUGUGUGCCUCGGUGGUGUCGUAUGGACCUUGAGCCGCGCUACUACCAACGUCCUACCAAUCCACUGGACUACCGAAGCACCAUCACUGGAGUUUCCGCUCGACCUUCUCUUCUACAACUUCCUCACGCCCGUCAUCAUCAAAUUUUACAAGCCUAGCGAGGGUCUGCAUGCCAUCUACAAAUGGUGCUUCCAGAAGUGCGCUGGAUUCCUCCGCCUGUCCAACUUCCUCUUUGGCGACAAAAUCCCUGCGCAAGAAGGCGACGAUGGCCGGUACGUUCGUGCACCAGCUUCCGAUCAAGCUCGCAUCCCCAAGGGCCAACCUGUCUUCGUCGAAGUCGACCGUGACAAUGUGCGCAAAGACGGAGAGAACGAAGGUGGAGUACACAAUUCCGAUCUCGUGUCAAUGGUGUUCAUCCCGCCGUGGUUCCGCGUGCGCAUUCUCUGCUUCAUCGUGACGAUAUGGAUCUUCAUGGGUUUGUCAGGAGUGAGCGUAACGAUCCUACCUCUCAUCUUUGGCCGCUACCUCUUCUCGCUCUUCCUCCCACCAACCGUCGAGAUGAACGACAUCCACGCCUUCUCUCUCGGUGUUUACACUCUAGCCAGCAUCGGCUACUCCGUCUACCACGCUUUUAAAUUCAUCUCAUCCCUCAACCGCUCGAUACCCGACCCAAUGUCCACACUUCACACCAUUGCAGCAACAACUUCGCGCGUCGCCGGCCGGGCCCUCCGCUUCUCAUACGUCUGGGCAACGCUCAUCUUCGCCAUCCCCUUCCUCUUCGCCGUCCUCCUAGAACUCUAUUUCCUCAUGCCCCUGCAUGCCUACCUCGGUCCCAAGGAACCCCACGUCGUCCAUGUCAUUCAAGACUGGACCCUCGGCUUCUUAUACUCUCGCCUUGCUGCGCGCCUCGUCUUCGCAAACCGCAAUUCACGUCCUGCACGCGCGUUCAAAGCUGUCAUCAGAGAUGGCUGGCUCUACCCCAACGCUAAGAUUGCGACACGCUGUUUCCUUGUCCCCGUGCUGGCACUCUUCCUCGUCGCCAUUGCCAUGCCAUCCAGCCUGGCGUUUGUCACGAGUCGAACGCUGUACCGCGGUGCGAGUGAAGCGAAGAAGAACUUACUCUGGCGCUUCAGCUUCCCGGCUGUAGGACUUGCUUUGGUAGUUAUGUGGGCUUCGUCGGCGGUUGUCAGGCUGCUUGUGAGGUGGAGACUGGUGGUCAGAGAUGAGGUCUACCUUAUUGGAGAAAGGUUACAUAAUUUUGGGGAGAGGAAAGCACCGGUUCAGUCUUCGUCUGCUGCUACUGCUGCGGUAGAUGCUGGAGGUGUUGACGCGGGCACGCAGACUGCUUAGUUUUGCGGGGUUGUCGGUCGGUGUCUUGUGUUGUUAUGGGUGCAAGAGUGUAAUUGCUGCACAUCCUUUUCAUUAUGCAUUCACUUUUGCUGGAAGGUCUAGAAGGGACGUCAGUCACUUUUUCGGCUGGCUAGCUAGAUAGCCAGCCAGGUCUCAGUAUCUUAGUGCAAAUCUCACGCUGCUCAUUGUUA